AUUGCAGCUAAUCGAACACACACGCAGGAACACAGACACGGUCUUCUGCUAUACCAAAGGUGCCUGGGCGCAUAGACCCGCUCGAGCGAGCGAGCGAGCGAGCGACCGCGCGCGCGCGCACACACACACACUAACACACACACACUAACACAUACACACACACACACACACACACACGCCAGCCUGCGGGUUGGCUAAGAGCCUUGAAACCGCAGAUCCCACUAGGACAUCGCCAGAGGCACUGAAGUAGGUGUUGUCCCCCACACUAAUUACUACUUCCCCAAGCACUUUGGUGAAGAAAUGAAUCCCGCCCAGCUCGCGGGUGCAUCCAGGUCUUGGUUCUGUUAGGCUCUCCAGACUCGCCUUCUUCGUGAAAGCCAGAUCAAGGGAGAAAAGGAGCUGGCGGCUGGCUUCGGACUCUGAGCGGUGCUCAGCUCGUUCCCGGGCAAGUCAGCCCCGAACCCGCGAAGGGCUCCUCGCUCCUGCCAGCCUUCACCAAGGAAAUCGCAGCCCCCGGAGGCAGCUGGAGCUACACCGGUGGCAGGUUUGAAUGUGUAUUUGGCUACUUGGCUACUGAUUAGAGAACACAAAAUGAAUAACUCAACAAACUCCUCUAACAGUGGCCUGGCUCUGACCAGUCCUUAUAAGACAUUUGAAGUGGUGUUUAUUGUCCUUGUGGCUGGAUCCCUCAGUUUGGUGACCAUCAUUGGGAACAUUCUGGUCAUGGUCUCCAUUAAAGUCAACCGCCACCUCCAGACCGUCAACAAUUACUUUUUGUUCAGCUUGGCCUGUGCUGACCUCAUCAUUGGUGUUUUCUCCAUGAACUUGUACACCCUCUACACUGUGAUUGGCUACUGGCCUUUGGGACCUGUGGUAUGUGACCUUUGGCUCGCCCUGGACUAUGUGGUCAGCAAUGCAUCAGUGAUGAAUCUGCUCAUUAUCAGCUUUGACAGGUACUUCUGUGUCACAAAACCGCUCACCUACCCAGUCAAGCGGACCACGAAAAUGGCAGGUAUGAUGAUUGCAGCUGCCUGGGUCCUCUCCUUUAUCCUCUGGGCCCCGGCCAUUCUCUUCUGGCAGUUCAUCGUAGGGGUGAGGACUGUGGAGGAUGGGGAAUGCUACAUUCAGUUUUUCUCCAACGCUGCUGUCACCUUCGGUACUGCCAUUGCAGCCUUCUAUUUGCCUGUGAUCAUCAUGACCGUGUUAUACUGGCACAUAUCCCGAGCCAGCAAGAGCAGGAUAAAGAAGGACAAGAAGGAGCCCGUGGCCAACCAAGACCCGGUUUCUCCCAGUCUGGUACAGGGCAGGAUAGUGAAGCCAAACAACAACAACAUGGCCGGCAGUGACGAUGGCCUAGAGCACAACAAAAUCCAGAAUGGCAAAGCCCCCAGGGAUGCGGUGACCGAAAACUGUGUCCAGGGAGAGGAGAAAGAGAGCUCCAACGAUUCCACCUCAGUCAGUGCCGUCGCCUCUAACAUGAGAGAUGAUGAAGUCACCCAGGAUGAGAACACAGUGUCCACUUCCCUGGGCCAUUCCAAAGAUGAGAACUCUAAGCAAACAUGCAUCAGAAUUGUCACCAAGACCCAAAAAGGUGACUCGUGUACCCCAACUAAUACCACCGUGGAGCUCGUUGGUUCUGCAGGUCAGAACGGAGAUGAAAAGCAGAAUAUCGUAGCUCGCAAGAUUGUGAAGAUGACGAAGCAGCCCGCCAAAAAGAAGCCUCCUCCCUCCCGGGAGAAGAAAGUGACCAGGACAAUCUUGGCUAUUCUGUUGGCUUUCAUCAUCACUUGGGCCCCAUACAAUGUCAUGGUGCUCAUUAACACCUUCUGUGCACCCUGCAUCCCCAACACAGUGUGGACAAUUGGUUAUUGGCUCUGCUACAUCAACAGCACGAUCAACCCCGCGUGCUAUGCACUUUGUAACGCCACCUUCAAGAAGACCUUUAAACAUCUUCUCAUGUGCCAUUAUAAGAACAUAGGCGCUACGAGGUAAAACAUCUUUGUAGAGAAGGCAGGUGGUGAGGGGAGCUUGGGAAAAAGAAAAGGGAUAAAAGAGCUCCCAGUUUUAAAAAAUCUCUGCCAUUGCACUUUAUAGUCUUAUUAUGGAAUGUGCAAUUAAGGAGCCUAACAGUGACACUUUUGUCACGCUGAUGGCUCCGGUUUGAGAAACCUGCACCUUAUAAACCCUGUCAGUUUAGGAGCAAUGAGACCCUGAAAAAGACAUGUUGGAGUUGUGGAUUGAAGGGACAAUCUACGCUUUCUUGUACUCUCUUGAAGAAGGGCUUCUGAAUCUACAAUUUUAUCUCUGCACAAGAAGAAUAACCUCGCUCCUUUUUUUUUGUUGUUGUUGUUGUUGUUGUUCCUGUGUGUCCAUACGAGGAUGAAAUGCCACGGUUACAAGCUAACAUGGAGACUUAAACAUAAGGAAAUAGACAUCACACAAUGGAGAAGUGAAGAAAGAGAAUCAAAACAGGAUGUAGAAAUGGUCUCCAGAGUGUUAAGCAUAUAUUAUUCUUUUGUUACAGUUUUAUUUGGAGAAUUGCAACAUAAUGCUCCUUCCCCUUUACCUUUCCCUUUUCCCACCAUCAAAAGAAAGCAAACAAACAAAAACCCUAACUAGAUCAGAUCGUUAUUUUUCUCAUUAUACCAUCGGCUUUUGUACUUCCCUGUUGUACGUUGUGUAAGGGCAAAAAUCUGCAGGACUUCCAGUAAAUACAACCAGACACAGCCUUGAAAGUGGGCCUUUCACCCCU